AUGGAACCAGAUCUCAUGGAAAAAGGAGACACACCAUCCAGACAGAGCGCCGCUAGUCCAUACAGAAGCAUUUUCACCAAACACAUUAGGCCUCGCCACCUUGAAGACGCAGUGAUCAUUCUGGAGGGGAAGCACCAGAAAGAGUCCAGGGGGGGCAGUGACGAUGAGACCAGCUUGUUGACUCCUGUGCCGCACAUUCCAUGGCAACAUGAGAGCUUAUUGGCCUCCUCCUGGUCAACAAUGGAGGAUGCAGACAUUGGAGACCCCACCUUAGAGGCUGAACCCUUGAGUCAGGAGGAGCAGGGGCCAGAGACCGGACAGAGAAGUGCAGAGGCAUCAUGUUUGGAGAUGGAGGAAGACAUCUGGGCUCCACAAAGCAUGGAGAUAAUAGUUUUGGCAGAAGACCCGCACAUUGAGGCAGAGCCCACAGAGUUCAUGCAGGUGGUUCCCCCGAUGGCUCUCCCCCCUUUGCCUAUUCUGCAACUGGACCCUCCAACACCAACAACGUUUUGCACCACAUUCACGGAAGCUGAAGAGCUCUUCUCCACUCCACAACUCCUUCACCCUCCAUCAAUACUCACACCAAGGAAAACUGCAGUAGAUGACCCGGAGUCGUCACAAAAACAUUCACUUCAAGCAACAUCACCACAAAGGGAACAGUUAGAGUCUAAACCUGCCAAAACACAUGCUAUUACCGACGUGCCCUUGCUGCUCUGUGAAGGCGCUGCCCUCAUUGCCAUUGUAGGAGUAGUGGCCUAUGGAGCUGUGGCCCUACUAAGAAAAUAA